UAUGAUCCACAUCGCAUUAUUUACUUUCGAAACUAAAUUUUAAGAUUAUUUAUAAAUUUUAUACAAAAUUUAUUAAAUCAAGCUUUCUAUUCGGCAGAAUUAGUCAUUAUGGAGAUUCCACUGGAACAAGAAGAGCAUACCAUCCCAGAGAUUAAGUAUGAAUAUCUAGACCACACAGCAGAUGUACAGUUGCACGCAUGGGGUGAAAAUUUGAAGGAAGCAUUUGAGCAAUGUGGAAUGGCCAUGUUUGGAUACAUGACGGAACUUCCUACGGUGGACAUUAGGACGUGCUACGAAAUAAAAACGGACCCUACGGAUGAUUUGGAAAAUCUACUAUUCCGCUUUUUAGACGAAUUACUGUUUCUGUUUUCUGCCGAACCUUUCCUGAUUGUUAAGAAACUGGAAAUCACGAAUUUCGACACGGAAAAUUUUUGCAUCGAGUGCCGAUGCUACGGAGAAGAGUUCGACUUGAAAAAGCACCCACAGGGCACGGAAGUCAAAGCUAUCACCUACUCGGCCAUGCAGAUUUACGAGAAAUCGGAAAAUAAUAGAAGUGAAGUCUUUGUUAUUAUAGAUAUUUAACUUUUUGGUAAUAUAGAUAUCGGUUAAAAACUGAAA